AUGCAAAACGACGAUUUCGAACAGGGACUCGUCUGUCCCAGCUUCAACUGCUACUCCUCCGACAAACUAGCAGAUGCCGCCGCCAAGGUCUGUCGGGAAUUGGACCACCUCAAUUUGCUUGAAGAAUCGGAGUCUGGUCAGUUAGCAGACUGUAAAAAUGACAGCGAAUCCGCCACCGCCGACAAGGAGGAGGAGGAUGAGUUCGAAUUCGUGUCCUUUCAGAAAUCCGCCGACCAGGUUUUCUUCGACGACCACCAGAUCGGCCCCGUUUUUCCCGUGUUCAACCGCGACCUCUUGCUGGAUAGAAGUCAACCUGAUCUCCUCGCCAGCGGUCGGAAUGAUAAAAAGGUGGAGGAGGACGACGAUGGUGUGCCGUCAUCGUCAUCGUCCGAAGUGGACGAGCUGGAGGCGGUCCCACCGGGGACGUACUGCGUGUGGAUGCCGAAAUCCGCGUCGGCAGAAGCGCGUGGGAAGUGCAAGAAGAGUAAGUCGACCGGAACAUCGUCGUCCGGAACGUCGUCGUCUCGGCGUUGGAGCCUCCGGGAUUUGCUUCGGCGGAGCAACAGCGAAGGCGGCAAGAACAUGGUGUUCUUGACCCCUUUGUCGUCCACCUCCAAGAAAGUGGAAGACAACAAGGAAACCAAAAAGAGCUCCGGGUCGGGAACCGGGUCCACAUCUGGGUCUGAUAGGCCCAGGAAAAAGCCCAGUACAGGCUCAAACGCGUUGUCGAUGGCUCACGAGGCGUUCUAUGUGAGGAACAAGACGGUGGCGAAGGACGGGUACAAUAAGCGGCGUUCGUAUCUUCCAUACAGGCAGGACCUGGUGGGGUUCUUUGCUAGUGUGAACGCCGUGAGUGGAAGCUUCCCACCUGCUCUCUGA